AUGGAGGCCGUGAAAGACGAGACUUGGUGGGCAGCUGGGGUCAGUUUCAGCACGCCAAAAGUGAAUGGCGGAGUGAAUCAUGCCAACACGAAGUCAACAACCGAUAAGGAGGGCACGCAGACCGUUGAACGCAGCGCCCUUCUGACCUGGGAGGCCCGCGGUAGUGAUACCGUCCUUUGCUCUAACCCCCCACUCUGGGCAAGUACUGUGAAGGAUUAUCGAUUGUGGAGAGUUAUGGAUCAAUCGGACUUGCAGAGUGUGUGGGAAUUGAUCUAA